AUGUCCUGGUCUGUUGCCUUCAGCGUCGCGGAGCAUGCGGACGAGAACAUGAUGGACGCGUACAAUUUGGCCAUCUGUUUCGGUCCCAGUUUGUUACCGGUCCCGAGCGAGUUGAAUCAGGUCCAAUAUCAAGCGAAUGUGAUCGAUCUAGUCAAAACAUUUAUCACACAUCAUGCGGUCAUCUUUGACCCGAUGGUUCCUGGACCGGUGUAUGUGAAGCACACGUUACCCUCGGGUUCGGGACGCGAACUACCCACUGAUCCGGUUCGUGUUGCCACUUCCCAAUCCUCCUCGCACUCACCUGUGUUGGGUCAAAAAGAUGGAACACUACAGCUGACUUGUGUCAAUCGUAUGGCUUCCGAGGUGGCCGAGACCGCUCUGCGACGUCGUCAGGCUUCCAAUUCGCAAAAGAAGGCCGAACAACGCGAUUCCAAUGCCAGUUCACAUACGAAGUCUUCCAGUGUCGGGUAA